AAUCCAGCUCUAACGUGACGUCGGUCGUCCGCAGAAGUCAUUGAUUUUCCAGUGACGCUCGUGUCUGUCCUAAAACUCAGCGGGAAAAUCGUUGACAAGAACUAUGUCUGAAUUUGAUAAGGGCGAGUUGUGGUUACUCUACUCUGCAGUCCCGAACCUCAACAUUUUCCAUUACCGUCAGGAAUUCCUCAAGGACAACAACUUCCCGACUGCCUUCUGCCUGUCCGACUGCCUCCCAAACCACACUCUUAUUCCCGCCCUCAUCCUGAUGCUCCAUGGGCCCAGCUGUCCACCACCACUGCCCAAAUUUAUAUUUCUCUUACUUUAAAACCUUGUUGCUUUGGGGACUUAUUUUUUUAUUGCCACAUAAUUACACUUGAAAUUAUAUUUAUCAAUUUAUGUCUAGUUUUCCUUAUUCGUAUCUAAUAGUGUCGACUCACACCCCUCUGGACAACCUGCAUUUAUCAGUUUUCUGAAACAGAUAGUAAACCAGAGGUCUUCAUGAUAUACUUAUUCUAGUUUUAGUACUAAGAGCACUUUUUCGGAAUAUUUUUGUCACGCUAGAAAACAUGUCCCAGUUAGUUCGGAAGUUUCCAGAAAUCCGAGCUGUCCUGAAUGCGUCACGGGACUGAAUGCGGAAGCAAGGGAGGGCGCUAUCGUGUUGUUGUAGCCAUCAUGGUUGGGUCAGGCUGGGAUUUGAAAGCAACUGCAAAGAGCUAUGCUGUAAAACGGGUAUUUUUGUGAACCUGCAUUUCCGACCGCCUAAGCGAUAAACCCGUGGCCAUGUCUCAGAGGGGACUGAAGGAAGACUUUGUCAGUAAUCUCAAUGGGACCAGUCUGCAGGAGGUGGCACUGGGCUCCUUUCUCUCGCCAGUAUGCUUCAUCAACAGAGGACUGAUUCUGAUCCUCUACCAUCAGGCCAAAGGGACUCUUCCACUGCCACUUCCACUGAUCUCUCACCUGCUUCUAGACUUCACUGUGCUUAUUCUUCCCCUCGUCAUGUCAUGCACCGUCCUGAGCGGCAUCCUUCACCAGGUCAUCAUGAGUUUAACCUUUGUUUCGGCUUCUAUGUUUUGCUAUAUCAAUCGCACCAGCGGUCACCCUUCGACUCAGCACCCAAAAACCACAGUCAGCACCUUCCUUCAGAGUCAUGUUCAGUUCAACCAGGUUCCCUUUGUGACCUUGUUUAGAGUGUUUGUAAAUGUAAAAACGGCCAUCAGCAUUCUUGCUGUAGACUUUAGUGUUUUCCCACGGCGCUAUGCCAAAACAGAAACCUAUGGGACAGGGGUUAUGGACUUUGGCGUUGGAGCGUAUGUCUUUGCAAAUGCCCUCGUCUGUCCAGAGGCACGGAGGAAGAACAUCUCAGGAUCCAAGAUGAAUCAUAUCACAAAGCAGCUCGUGUCUGUCUGGCCCCUGGUCUUUCUUGGUAUGGGAAGACUAGUGAGCGUCAAAAUGACCAACUACCACGAGCAUGUGACAGAGUAUGGCGUCCACUGGAAUUUCUUCUUCACACUAGCGAUCGUCAGAGUUGUGGCUUCUAUGAUUUUGACCGUUUUACCAGCCAGUCAGUCGUGGGUCUUUUCCCUUCUGAUCAGUGGGCUUUAUCAGUUCACUCUGGAGAAUUCAGGGCUGAAGGCAUUCAUCAUCCACAACAAUAAUAGAGAAAAGGACUUUCUGCAUGCUAACAAGGAGGGCAUAUUCUCUGUAGUGGGCUAUGUAGCCAUCUACAUGGCAGGGGUUCAAGUUGGACUUUAUGUGAUGCAGCCGAGAUCCCAGGUUAAAGACUGGCUCAAAGCACUUUUAAACCUUUUGUUUGGUAGUUUUUUGCUGUACGCUGCCUUGUACACAUGUCAGACACUGGUGGAGCCAGUGUCUCGCCGCUUAUCUAAUUUACCUUUCUGCCUCUGGAGUGUUGCUCAGUCUUUGUUUUUUAUUUCCUGUCUUGGUAUAGUUGAUAUGGUUUUACUGUUUUCCAAAAGAACAUCAGGCAGUCACUGUGUACCCUCGUCGUGGAAUUUGCAUCAAAAACAAUCAGACUCAGUCUCUGACAAAAAGACUGGUGAAAUAGAAAGAUUCUGCCUUGUUCAAGCUGUCAGCAGGAAUCAGUUGUUAUUUUUCUUGGUUGCAAAUGUCAUGACAGGACUGACCAACUCAAUAGUGGACACACUUAGCUGUAGCAGUUCAUUUUCAGUGUGUGUUUUGCUGUUGUACAUGUUCAUGAAUUGCUUUGUAAUAUAUUUUUUACAUCUCUGUGGAAUCACAUUGAAAUUCUGGUAAAAUUACAUUUGUAAAACGAUAUGGUUCACCUGUAAGUUUUAAUGUUAUAAGAAGAUAUGAUCUGUAAUGCUGAAGAUAUUAUUGUGCCUGAUAUGUUAAUUUAUGAAAAUAAAUACAUGUUUGAGUAAAAAUCUGAAUA